AAGCAACAAGAAGCUGACCUCCUUAGAUUCUCUUUCCUCAGAUGUAGCUUCAAGAGAAAGUUUGUCUCUUCCACUUCCUUCCUGGAAAGAUGCAAAGUGCUUUAGUAGGCUCCUGGUACAACAGUGGCUUCUACGGACACUACAGAGGUCAAUUCAAGAGUGAAAGUGCUGGAGAAUACCGCCUUGCAGCCAAGCCCCAACCUCCAGCAGUGUUUCUACAACGGUGUCAGGAGCCAGUGCAGCGACACUUCUUCUCCAAGCAUGACAACCGCACUUGCUUCGACAAAGGCCCCUACUGCCUGCUGCAGGGCAUCGGAAGGCGGAAAGACCUGGAGCGCCUGUGCCAACAGCACACCUUUCUGCGCUGGACCCCCUGUGAGGUGGAGUUGCGCCAGCAGGGGCCUCUAGAAUCUUCCUACCAGGCUGAUUUCCGGUCAAUCCCAGGAUCCAGUGGCCUCCCCCAGCGCCUCGUCCACUUUGUGCAGCUCCAGCCUCCCCGUGCCAGCACCACCUACCAGCAGAAUUUCUGCCAUCCAUCCCAGGGCGGCCACUGUGGCAGUGACAAGGUGGGCCCCCAGGCACCGAUCACCAGCACACUGCCUGUCCUCCCAGGGAUUCCGAGACCCAAGCUGCUGCAGCACUACCUUCAUGCUGGGGUCUCUGAGUGUCUGAACUGGUCCAGAGCAUUAAACAACGCCAGCUGACAGA